AUGACUGAACUCAUGUUCAGCUAUGCCUUGGAUCGGGGUAUGAUUGCGCACAUAAUGUUUAGGGGGACGAGGACGAACAACGAGGACGAUCCUGAGCGGGAUAUCUAUGCGCUAGGCUCCUACAACAAGCUAGCCUGCAAGAAAUCUGACCAGCACUUAAUUAUACUUUCUGAUUACAGCGACCAGUACCUCAAUAUCUACGGGAAACUUCCCGUAGGCUUCCUGUGA